AUGAGUGGCAUCAAGUUGAAGUUGAAUACCAGCAACGUCCAGCGAGCCCCCGCUGCCAACACACCUCUGCCCUCUUCCAGCGCACCUCCAGCCUCUGCCAAAGCCUUUGGGGCAUCUGCGCCAACACCCGGAGGUAGCAGACCGAAGCUCAAGAUCACCAACAACUCAAAUCCUCCUACUCCAGCUCCCGUCGACGAUGCUGCCAAACCCAAGAAAACGAAGGCAGGGAGAGCUACGAAACCCAGUGCCAAGAUCCUCGAAAGUAGAAAACGUUUCAAAGAAGAAAGCGAUGAAGAAGAAGAGGGAUCUACCAUAAAUGUGCAGCCGCCGCCAUCAAAGAAGAUCAAAAUACAAUUGGGACUUGGAGCCAAGACCCCUACUACACCCGUCGUCCUCAAGGCAAAGGUCAAGGGCAAACCUCCUAAGAGGGCGCUGGGAGAGGGGUAUGAUUCGGAAGCUAGCGAUCGCGAGAUUGAUCCAGCUAUCGAGGAGGAAUUCAUUUUACGAAUGUAUCCAGGCGAGGACUGCGAGUAUAUGCAGAGGAUGAUCGCGGAAAAGAAGAUAGGCAUCCCGAAACAAUUAGGCGGAGCGGACUUUCACAUGAAAUUCUUCCACUCAGAAGGUAGACGAGCAGCAGUCACAGUUCGUGGCCAUCCAUACGCAGCUACGCUUGUUGAUCUACCGUGUAUCAUUGAGGGCAUGAAGAGUUGGGACAAGAGAGGCUGGUGGAAAAGUGCCGAUAUCUGUCAGAUGCUGUGGGUAUUUGCACCUAUCAAAAAGGAAGAGGAAGCAAAGACCAUUCCACUACCCAAGAUCAUCGACCCAGAGACAUUUCAAUAUCCUCAUGGUCUCACACCGCCGAUGUACUUUGCGCGCAAACGCCGUUUUCGAAAGAGGAUCAGCAGGACUGCGAUUGAGGCUGUGGAGGAAGCUGUCGAGAAGUUACUACAGGCCGAUGCACAAGCGCAGUCUACAAGGUUCGAGAUGAUUGAUCCUGAUCAAAGGGAAGACGGAACGUUUAGUGAAGAUGGCAGUGAAGAUGGCUAUGGAGAAGAAUAUGACGAAGACGAAGACGCGGAGGGAGAGGUGGAUGAUCAUAACUACUUUAGCACUAUGCACCAUACCAACGGAGCUGGUGCGGCAGCGAUGGAUGAUGACUUGGAUGCUGAUCUUGAGGCGGACCUGGAGAAAGCUUUCGACGAGGAAGCCUUCUCUACAGCUGGAGCGACACCAUCCAUGCAAAUCGAGACGCCGGCGGCCGUGGAGGAAGAAGAUGACGAAGAUAGCGGAGACGAGUCUUUGGAAGGGGAUAAAGACGAAGAUGACGAUGGUGGUGUUGUGGAGGUGGACGAGAAUGAAAGGGCACGCCUGGCUCAGCUCCAGGGUACGAAGGAGGAUAUUGCCGACCUGGAGAGACAGAUUGUUAGUGUGCAGGCUCAGCAUGCUCAGCAGGUGAACCCGAUUUUGAGGAAACGGUUGGAAGACAAUAUCAGAAAACUCAAGGCGGAGCUUCAGUUGAAGAAAUCUUCUAUCGGAGAGGCUGAGGAUGAUUGA